AUCUCUUACACUCCUCCAUCAUCAUUCUUUCUCUCUCUAAAACACCUUCAUAUGCUUCUGAAUUCUGGAGUGAGAAAUUCGUAUGAAAAGAAGCACGCAUACAGUAUGUUUUACUGUGUGUAACUCUUUCUUGGCAACUGCACCCACAACAUAAUCAUCAUCUUCCACCGGUGAUUACCUUUGAAAUAAUUCGAAUCUAGACACGUUUAUGUAAUUUGAUGGCGAAAAGUGAGGUCUUUGAAGGGGAUCAGAGCGUGGCGGUGGCGAAGGUCACGACGGAGUUGAAGAAGGAAUUGCAUAGACUUGUGAAAGCGAUUAUUGAAGAUUCAUCAUCGGAGGAUGAAAAUGGAUUUGGAUGUAUUGACAGAGCGAAUCAGACUUUGCAAGCUUUGAAGGAAUUGAAAGAGGGAGGAGGGAAACAACGAUCGUCUUCGAUUAAACGGCUCAAUGAUAAUAAUCGUAACAACAAUGAAAGUUCGACGUCGGUUUGGGCUUCUUGUCCACAGGAAUUUCGUUGCCCUCUGUCUAAAGAACUCAUGAGAGAUCCUGUUAUCCUCUCUACUGGUCAGACAUACGAUAGGCCUUUUAUCCAGAAAUGGUUGAAAGCUGGAAACAGGAUAUGUCCUAGAACCCAACAAGUUCUUUCACACACCAUUUUAACACCAAAUCACUUGGUCAGAGACAUGAUAACCCAAUGGUGUAAGAAUCGUGGAGUCCAAUUCCCUGGUCCUCUCCAAUAUCCAGAACAAGACGGGUUAACAGAAGCUGAUCGUGAUCUUUUCAUCUCUCUUCUCAAGAAAAUGUCAUCUACACAAUCUGAGCAAAAAGAAGCAGCCAGAACUUUAAGAUCAUUAACAAAGAGAAUGCCUUCAUUUCGUGCAUUAUUUGGUGAGUCUCUUGAAGCCAUACCUCAGUUACUUACACCAUUAGCCCAAAACAAAUCUCAAACCGAAAUCCACCCUGAUCUUCAAGAAGAUCUGAUCACAACACUUCUGAAUCUCUCAAUCCAUGACAACAACAAGAAACUCGUUGCAGAGACACCAAUGGUGAUUCCUCUGUUACUGGACGCAUUAAGAUCUGGAACAAUUGAAACAAGAAGCAAUGCAGCUGCUACCCUUUUCACUUUAUCAGCUCUGGACUCCAAUAAGUCCUUAAUUGGAAAAGCAGGUGCUUUGAAACCACUUAUUGAUCUCUUGGAAGAAGGGCAUCCGUUAGCAAUGAAAGAUGUUGCUUCUGCUAUCUUUAAUUUAUGUAUCACCCAUGAAAAUAAAGCUAGAGCUGUAAGAGAUGGUGGUGUAAGGGCACUUUUGAAUAAAAUCAAGAACAGGGUCCACGUGGACGAGUUAUUAGCCAUUCUUGCGAUGCUUUCAAGCAACCAAAAAGCUGUUGAAGAAAUGGGGGAUCUUGGAGCUGUUUCUUGUUUGCUUUCUUUAAUAAAGGAGACCAAUUGUGCACGAAAUAAAGAAAACUGUAUUGCUGUUUUAUACACCAUUUGUUACUAUGAUCGAACUAAAUGGAAGGAAAUGAGGGAAGAAGAGAGUAAUUAUGGAACACUUUCUCAAAUCAUGCAAAAUGGGACUUCAAGGGCAAAAAGGAAAGCUAGUGGGAUUCUUGAUAGGCUUAAUAGAGCGAUCAAUCUCACACACACCGCUUGAGACUUGAGAAGCUCAAGGGGUUUUCUGUAAAUUCAACAUCUUCAUUCAUGUCAGGUUUGAGUUUUUAGUUAAUUUUGUUGUGUCUUUACUCUUUUUCAACCUCAAUUUUGUAAAUUCUUGUCUCGGGUUUGAAGGUCAUAUAGUCGAUGUAAAUAAUUACUAUUACUAUGAUAUUAUAUGCUUAUAUAUUUAUAUAUAUAUAUUUUUUAUUUUCUAUAAA